UACACACAGGAGACUACACACAUGCAUGUUCAUAGAGGUUACACACAGGAGACUACACACAUGCAUGUUCACACAGGUUACACACAGGAGACUACACACAUGCAUGUUCAUAGAGGUUACACACAGGAGACUACACACAUGCAUGUUCACACAGGUUACACACAGGAGACUACACACAUGCAUGUUCAUAGAGGUUACACACAGGAGACAACACACAUGCAUGUUCAUAGAGGUUACACACAGGAGACUACACACAUGCAUGUUCACACAGGUUACACACAGGAGACUACACACAUGCAUGUUCAUAGAGGUUACACACAGGAGACAACACACAUGCAUGUUCACACAGGUUACACACAGGAGACUACACACAUGCAUGUUCACACAGGUUACACACAGGAGACUACACACAUGCAUGUUCAUACAGACUACACACAGGAGACUACACACAUGCAUGUUCACAGAGGUUACACACAGGAGACUACACACAUGCAUGUUCACACAGGUUACACACAGGAGACUACACACAUGCAUGUUCAUACAGGUUACACACAGGAGACUACACACAUGCAUGUUCAUACAGACUACACACAGGAGACUACACACAUGCAUGUUCACACAGGUUACACACAGGAGACUACACACAUGCAUGUUCAUACAGGUUACACACAGGAGACUACACACAUGCAUGUUCAUAGAGGUUACACACAGGAGACUACACACAUGCAUGUUCAUACAGACUACACACAGGAGACUACACACAUGCAUGUUCACAGAGGUUACACACAGGAGACUACACACAUGCAUGUUCAUACAGGUUACACACAGGAGACUACACACAUGCAUGUUCACACAGGUUACACACAGGAGACAACACACAUGCAUGUUCACACAGGUUACACACAGGAGACUACACACAUGCAUGUUCACACAGGUUACACACAGAGACAACACACAUGCAUGUUCAUACAGGUUACACACAGGAGACUACACACAUGCAUGUUCACACAGGUUACACACAGGAGACUACACACAUGCAUGUUCAUACAGGUUAACACAGGAGACUACACACAUGCAUGUUCACACAGGUUACACACAGGAGACUACACACAUGCAUGUUCACACAGGUUACACACAGGAGACAACACACAUGCAUGUUCACAGAGGUUACACACAGGAGACUACACACACGCAUGUUCACACAGGUUACACACAGGAGACAACACACAUGCAUGUUCACAGAGGUUACACACAGGAGACUACACACAUGCAUGUUCAUACAGGUUACACACAGGAGACUACACACAUGCAUGUUCAUACAGGUUACACACAGGAGACUACACACAUGCAUGUUCACACAGGUUACACACAGGAGACUACACACAUGCAUGUUCACACAGGUUACACACAGGAGACUACACGCAUGCAUGUUCACACAGGUUACACACAGGAGACUACACACAUGCAUGUUCACACAGGUUACACACAGGAGACUACACACAUGCAUGUUCACACAGGUUACACACAGAGACAACACACAUGCAUGUUCAUACAGGUUACACACAGGAGACUACACACAUGCAUGUUCAUAGAGGUUACACACAGGAGACUACACACAUGCAUGUUCACACAGGUUACACACAGAAACAACACACAUGCAUGUUCACACAGGUUACACACAGGAGACUACACACAUGCAUGUUCACACAGGUACACACAGGAGACUACACACACGUUGCAGACCCACCGUGAAGGUUGAUGAAACGGAU